CGGGCAAUUGGCCAAGAUUGGCACAAUCUUCUUCUUCUUAUAAUUAAUAACUGGUUUCUUCUUAACACCCCAUAUCAGGAGAUGGGCAAGAUAGACACAAGAUUACCAGGUUUCUGUCUAAACAGGAUCAGGCCUCGUGUUAGAGUCCGCUCACCACCUAUACAAGCCAAGCCUAAUCUGAAUUCUACUAAAAAUGAUCAAAACAAUGAGAAUCUUGACAGUGCUGUUGGAGAUCAGGAGAAGCCUGGGAAUUCGGAGGGAAAACCCGUGGAGUUAAUCGGUAGGAAAAUCAUGAUAGUGGUCGAUUCAAGUAUUGAAGCUCAGGGAGCUCUACAAUGGGCACUCUCUCACACUGUUCAAAGCCAGGAUCUUCUUAUUCUUCUUCAUGUAACUAAAGAAUCUUCUAAGCAAGCCACAGGGACAAAAACCCGCAAGGAGAGAGGAGCUCCAAGGGCCUGUGAACUUGUAAAUUCUGUGAAAAAUAUGUGUCAGGUGAAGAGACCUGAGAUACAAAUUGAGAUUGCAGUGGUGGAAGGAAAAGAGAAAGGUCCAUUGAUAGUGGAAGAGGCCAAGAAACAAGAGGUGGCACUUCUAGUUUUGGGGCAGAAAAAGAGGUCCAUGACAUGGCGGUUGAUCAUGAUGUGGGCAAGCAAUAGAGUCACCGGUGGUGUGGUGGAAUACUGUAUCCAAAAUGCUGAUUGCAUGGCAAUUGCUGUGAGGAGGAAAAGCCAAAAACAUGGAGGUUACUUGAUUACCACAAAGCGUCACAAAGAUUUCUGGCUUUUAGCUUAACCUAGCAUUUGCCUAAACAUGUAUGCAGCAUAUCAAUUUGAUGUUUCCCCUUUCAUAUGUGGAGUUUUUGUUUUGUUACAUCGUUUGUAAAUCAAUGAUAAAUUCUACUCUGCUGAGAAAUUAUGAAAAAGGGAUGGAGAUUGGGGUGUGAA